AUGACUGAUCUUUCAAGCUUAGUCAAAUCUAGGGGCCGAGUCAAGGCCAAGUUGACUGCAUUCGGUAGUUUCCUCUCUUUAGCAGAGAUUGAAGUAGAAAAACAAUUAGAAUUAGCCAAUCGAUUGGAAAAAGCUGAAGCAUUAUGGAACGAGUUUGAUUUACUGCAGAAUAAAAUAGAGGACUUGGACGAAUCCGACGAGCGAAUGCAGCAACGUAUAGACUUCGAGGAUACAUACCACGAAUUGAUAAGUAAAGCGCGCCGAAUGAGCUUGAAGGAUCAGCCAGUGCACCCCCUGCUUUCAACAGCCAUGCCACAAGCGCCAAUGCAGGCACGAGCAGUAGCGUUAAACGAACCGGGCGUUGUACAAUCGCGAGUAAAACUACCCAACAUAGAUUUGCCAAAAUUCAAUGGUAACUAUGAACGAUGGGUACCGUUCAGAGAUCUUUUUGAAUCGCUCAUUGCAACAAAUCCAGCUCUUUCCGCUGUUCAAAAAUUAUAUUAUUUAAGAUCUGCUUUGACAGGUGAAGCAGCCAAGGUAAUCGCUUCAAUAGAGAUAACUAAUGAUAAUUACGCUGUCGCAUGGGAUCUGCUAAAGAGCAGGUUUGAGAACAAACGAUUGAUAGUACAAUAUCUCAUUCAAACAUUACUUGAUUUAACGCCAAUUAGCAAGGAAUCUUAUGCGGAUUUAAGACUAUUAGUGGAUAACGUAUCUCAAUACAUUCAAACCUUAUCAAAGCUGGAGCAGCCUGUUGAAAGUUGGGGUACACUACUAAUUCAUAUUGUAUUACCCAAAAUUGAUAAAGGGUCGCGCAGAGAAUGGGAAUUAAAGCGGUCGACGAUAGAACAAUUUCCCACUAUAACAGAGUUCAUAGAAUUUCUCAUAAAUCGUAGUUCAUUUUUAGAAGCGCUGUCUCAUGUGAAUCGCAAUGCGCAGCCCUCUGGUGAAGCUCGCAGCAGCAACAAAGCGGCUCAUCCUCAAGGUAAGGGUGUCUCGCAAACAUACGUCGCCACCGAUAAAGGAUCGUGCUCAAUGUGCUCUAAGGAUCACAAGUUAUAUGAAUGUUGCACCUUUCUUGGCAUGUCGGCAGAGGACAGAAACGCUGAAAUAAGGAAAAAACGAUUGUGCAUUAAAUGUUUCAAAAAUUUUCACGGUCGAAAUUGCAGGGCUUCCAAUUGCAGGGAGUGCCAUGGCAAUCAUAAUACGUUACUGCACAAAUCAAAAACAGCGUUCGAGUCCUCAAGUACAGAUGGCACAAAAGCCAAGGCUAACGAAGAACAUGCAGCAGCUAAUCAGAGGGUGGCCGUUGCGACCGCAAGUGAAGGCGUGGCUACAUCUCUAAAUUAUUGCAAGUGUUAG